AUGAACGAAUUUGCUCAGCAGCCGGAGCCCAACCUGGUGAGGCUUGCUGGAGGUGCGGGAGUGGAACGGAGGGCUUCGAGCUCUAGCAGUGGUGGCGGCAGCCUGCCUGUUAGGCGUGUCCCACGACAUCAACCGAGUGAAAGCCCACCACCGAGGCCCGAGCAUCUCAGAGCAGCGAGCCCCAGAGAGGUAGCCGCCGCAGCCGCGAAGCGCGCAGGUACUCGGCCUGAUGCAGGUCAAGCGAAUGACUCCAUCAGGCACCCCGGCAAAGGACUUCCGCAAGGUGACACGGCCUCAGCAACGCCACGGGCGACACCCAAGAUUCGACCGAACUCCCGGAGUACAUCCCCUCAGCCUUUCACAGGGCCCUCGCACUGCAGCGCGAGAGGAGCACGCACGCGAAGGUCGAACACACCACCUCUCACAGCCGAGGCCAAGAAGAAGGCAGACAAGCUGCGGAACAAUUCCGCGAGCCCAAGAGUGUACGUGCGAGCUUCCAGCCCGGCAGCGUCAACAAAGUGCAGCAACGCGCGCCGGGAGAUCCAGCAGGCUCGCGCCCUGGCGGCCGGGGUGAAGAAGAAACCCGUGGAAGCGGUUUCACUAGUACGAGGAAGCCAUUUGCUCCAGCAGGCUCAAGCAGCAGCAAAAGAGCAAGCUCAAUUGCAGAGGAAAGAGUGGAUGGCUGCUGUAAAGAGAACACAGGACUCCUCGGCGAAGUUCAUUGCACAGAAGCGCAUGGCAGCCAGCAGCACCAACCCUGCAGCCAGUGAGGCGCACCAGCGGGCACAGCUCAUCAGGAUAGCGCAGGAUGACAAUUUCUGGCUGGAGAACAUCAGAAGCUUCGAGGAAGCUGAGCCUCAGUCGAAGACACCUCCGAAAGCCAGAGCGCAACCGGCCAUGCCGAAGUCGAUUUCCAGUGCGAUUGGCCCAGCUGGUGACAAAAUCAUUGGUGAGUUCAAGAAGAUGCUUCUUGCAAGAGGAGGCAACUACGCUCGUGCCUGGCGCUACCUUCUGGAUCCAGAAAGCCGUGGCCAGCUGACUCUGCCACAGCUGGCACAGCGAUGCAGAGAGCUUGGGUUCCAAGAGAACGUCCGCACGCUUUGGUACGCGUUGAAUGGUCCCUAUGGCGAUGCUGCUGUCACCCUGGCAGAGGUCGACUCAGAGACCGAGGCUGUACUGAUGCGCUUCCGAGCUGCGCUUCUCGCCAGAGCUCUGGAGCUUGGCCUUCCGAAGCGGCCAAAGGGCAAGGAAGUUGCCGACAUUGUGGCGGAGUCCAUGUUGCGCAUCUUGGACCUCGACCGAUCUUUAAGGCUGACUCGACACGAGUUUUGCCUCGCAGCCGUCGUGCAAAAGCUCGCGCCCCCUGCAGAGGCCCCGCACAUCUUCGAGAUGCUGUGCCAUGGGGAGCCAGGUCUGUGCACCCAGUUUCAUACGUCUGCAAAUGCUGUGGUCAAGCUGGACGGAUUGAAGUGGCUGUACUUAAUUGCUGCUCGCCCAGACGAUAUACCUGCCGAGACAGCAGGCGAGAAGGCGACAGCGAAAGUCGGCAUCAAGGACGAGAAAGGACGAGCAGAGAAAGACAGCGAUCGUAUCCAUCGCCUUCGCCGGGUGUGGACCGAGACUCCGGCUGUCUUCAAGCGGCUGCGCGAGGAGCAAGAGCGCAAGGUGGAGGAGAUGCUGAGUCAUCAAACCCAAGCUGACAAAGAUCCGCGGCCUGACUCGCCACGGUCUGCUGGGCCGGGGCCGGUGCACCGGCUGCUCUACGAGGACGCCAUGCGCCGCGCCGCGCGCCGCGAGGCUGAGCCAGUUGUGGCCAAACCGGCUCGGAGCCACGAUCCCGAGUACAUCGAUCGACUUGCCAAGCCGACGCCGAAAGAAGAGGAAGAGCAGGAGGUACUUGCAAAGAAGAAACCGGUCAACAUUGGCCGGGAGCUCUUUCAUGCAAGAUCAACAGUCGUGUCUGUGGAAGUCGCGUCCCGCCUAGAUCGCAUUAUGCAGCUCGCGAACGAAAAGCGGGUCUGGCACGAAGUCCGGGAACGGCAGAGGCCAGCGGCCAGCCCGCACCUCCGCACCGCGUCGUGGGAGGAGAGUAUCUCGGAUUCUCGUGGUGUCGCCAGGCAAGAGAAGAUGGAGGAAGAGGUGAAGGGCUUUGAGCAAGCCGCGGCGCAGCUGAGAGACGAGGAAGUCUCGGAUGACCAUCGCUGUGCGGCGAUGGAGAGAGAUGCUUGCUCAGGCAACUUGACAUUCGAAGAACCCGAGGCCAAGGCAGUUGCCAUCUGUGCGACGGACAGGCAGAGAGUCACGGAGGCGCGUUCCCACGAUCCAGCCGCAGUGAUCAGUGUUUCGGGGAACAUGGCUUGCGUAUGCCCGUGGGUCCUUCAUGAUGAGUUCAUCAGCAUCUGGGCGACCUGUCCAGAUGGCGUUUGGCAACUGCUCGCCCUGGCGGCAGGAAGCUCCAAGGUUCAUCUUCGCUUGGCCGAGGAUCACGAUGGUCUGCUGUCCGUUGCAGGCGGCGCAAGCGUUGGCUGGAAGGACAAGGUCCGCAUCACAAUGACAGCCCGCCUGAAGCUCCUCGUGAAGUUCAAACAGGUGGAGGAGCAAUGGGGCAGCGGCCUUCAGGAAUUGCUGCAGGACUUGAACCCCGACGUUCCUCGCUUCGGCCUGGAGAACUUGAAGUCUGGGGUGUGGCUCUUUGACGCCUUUGCCUUCCCGUUCAGGGGCCCCCGUGCUUUGUCAGCCUUCGACGGACCCGAGUUUCACGUUAACAGCCUAGAACACAAACAGGCGGCCGCGCCGGCCGCCGUCGAGCCCCAGCGCCUCCGUUCCUCGGCUUCAGCGGCUUUGUCGGAUGAGAGUGGCGUCAGCAAAGUUCCAUCAAGGCGAGACGAGCGGACAAAGAAAGGGGAAGCCUUGCUUGAAGGCCCAAAGCGGCACUUCUCAAGGGAGUGCUACCACGCAGGGAACGCCACCUCGAAGAGGCUCCGCAGCUGCUUGCACUGCGACCUUGGAGAUCAUGGGUCUAUCUGCCUUGAGCCAGGACUGCCGGCGUACAUGCCCCCAGCGCGGCUUGAGCAAGAGGCUCCUCUGUGCCAGAGCGCAAAAAAUUGA